AAUUAAUUAUAAAGAAGAGUGAAUGACUGUGACUAAUAUUAAACUUUAUUGAAAUAUUAAUUUCAUACAUAGCGCUUAAUAAUAUUCAUGAAAUUGAAAAGAGUUAUAAAAAAUAUAACCGUUGACGUGUGCUUAGUGAGCAGAAAAUAAAACUUGAAGUAGGAGAUACUUGGAAUAAGACAUGCACUUCUCCAUUCCGGAUACGCAAGAAUUAUAUUCGGAGCUAACUGGUACCACCUACACAGGCUACAAUAUAUAUAUUAAUGGCAGCUAUCACUGUUGUUUGCGGUAUAAACAGUUGCAUGCAUUGCAUGAGCAGCUACGUCGUCGGUGUACAGAUCUCAAUAUCCAGUUGCCAGCGACAUUCCCUCCAAAGCGUCUCCUACCAUUAACUAAUGGACAACUCGAAUCGAGACGAGCUUCUUUAGAACAUUAUUUGCAAUUAUGUGGGCAAGAUGCAGUUAUUUCGAAAAUGGAUCAUUUUCAAAGUUAUCUGCUCAAUGCUCAACAAGAGACUUCAUUAGCCGAUGGCAUUUUAGGCCUUGAUUACGGUGGCAGUGAUUUGAAGCGCGUGUCAGCUGUGUUGGAGGUGUGGCUAUCAAAUGACCUCACCCUGCAGGUCAAUUGUCAUAUUGGCGAUAAUGCCAGCUCGGUAUUGCGUAAAGUAUGUGAAUGUGUACAACUGCCCACACAAUUUAUGCAACAUUUUUGUCUUUAUUUGGUGCGACGACAAAACAGUGAUAUUACACAAAACAAAUUGGUGCUAUUAAGACGAUUAAUGGAUUUCGAAUCCCCAUAUUUAUCGCGUUUAUGGGCGCAAGAAAAAACAUCUUCGUGCCAAGUAAUGAUCCGCAAAAGCUAUUGGAAUCCCAUGUAUGAUUUAGGGUUGUUGCAAGAUCCAGUAGCACUGAAAUUGUUUUUUGCGCAAAUUGUAUCUGAUAUAGAAAAUGAAUGGAUAAUUACGCCUCCUGAAGUUCUACAAAAGCUUAUCAGUUUGAAAGAACACGGGAUGCAAGCAGAAUACAUACAGAUGGCGCGACAAUUACCGCUUUACGGGUGCUUGCAAUUCAGUGCGUCCCUUAUCGACUAUCCGGAACCAAAAACCACAGCACUUAUCUCCAUUGGUAAUAAAGAAUUAAGUAUGCGUACUGCAAAAGCUGGAAAAAUUUAUGAGACUAAAUUCCGUGUAACACGAAUGCGUUGCUGGCGGGUUACAGCUAUGCAUAACACAAGCACUAUAGAUUCAACAAUUUCAAGCAAUACGGAUGAAAAUGCAAGUAAUUACGGAAAAUCGCCGACAAAUUUACAGCUUGCCUUUGAAUAUUUGAUGUCCAAACAGACUUUGCGUUGGAUAACUAUAACCAGUGCGCAAGCUAUGCUUAUGUCGGUUUGUCUACAAUCAAUGGUUGAUGAAUUGCUGAAUUGUAAAGACACCGUUGAUGGUUUGAACACACGCGUUCGAGAGAGUUCUCAAUCCCAAUUUCUAUCCUAUGUUUCUCGAAAUGGAAGAGUAUCUCAUACUCCAACAAUAUUAACGUCAUCCGCCUCAACGCCAUCUUUGUCCACAGAAUUAAUGUCAUCAUCAACUACAACAACAGCGACUACAACGUCAAGUUCAUCGUCGUCAUCAUCGCCAACUGCACCAGUUAAAUUUUUCUCUCAGCGUACGCGAACGAAAUUCAACCCAAAAAUAUCCAGUUCUAGUUCGUAUUCUGCAGUUUUCUUUCGUAAUAGUGCUGAAGAGUCUGUCCACAAUGAGGCAUUCGAAGGUAUUGGGGAUGAUGAUCUUUAAACAUAUUUAAAAGCAGCGUUAUGUCGUUCUAUCAAUUAACAUUUCAAAUCAAUUUUAUGAGUGUGUAAUUUUUGAAAUGCAUUUAGAAUUUUAUUUAACUACGAAAUUGUCAAAUUCAGGCCAUCGAACGCCCACACAAAGAGUGUACUUUGUAAAAAAUGUUGAACAUGUUUAUUUUUAUUCUUGUCAAAAAUAUUGCCAAAUUAUUUAUGAUUAGUCUGUUAUAGAAAAAUUAGAUACUGAUGAAAGUUGAUUUUUUAUUAUUAUUUAUGCAUAAAAACAUUAUAUAUAUAGAAGGUUUCACUCGGGACUCAUGUCCUGGUGUUCCAAAUAAAUAUCGAAAGAAAAUGCAUUUAGAAUUGCAUUUUAUAAAAUAUGUAUGCAUGUGUGCAAAUGUAUUAACAUAGGAAUCCUGAUUUGUAUACAGAUGUUUUUUAAAAGCAAUUUUUAGGAAAGAAAUUUUUUACACAUAUUUAUGUAAUUACGUAAUAUUGAAGUUCAUCGUAUUUCUGCAGUAAAAAAAAAUUAUAUUUAAUUCGUAAAACAAAAUGAUUCUUUGAACGGUUUUAAUGUUAAAAUUCUUAUCUCAGAAUACUGGUAAAUCGAGAAAAGUUCUUACGCUUUGUGGUAACGGUUCUAAGCGCAUAAUAUAAGAAAUACAUAAUUUAACAUUUGACUCAUAUAAAUAUGUAACACUUUUGUAUAAACUUAUAAUUUUAAUAAAAAUUUAAAUCUAAAUAAAUAACA